CCCGGGUACCUCAAGCGAGAUGCGGCCUCUGUGCGUCGACGUCAGCGUGCUGACGUCACGGGUCGGGUCCUCGAGGAGGUCCCGGGGCUGCUGACUGUAGGUGGUGGUGGUGGUCCGCGCGUCGCCUGCUGGACUCUGCGCUGGGUUCCGCCCCGGUGAGCCCCGCCCCUCCACCUGGGGCGCUACCGCGGAGCCGCAGUCCCGGGGCCGGCGCAGGGCGGCCGGCUGGGAACCACCCGAUGAGAUCUGGAUCAAUAAGAUCUCCAGUCCUGUGCCGAGAGUUGACAGCAUUUGUUUGGAAAUUGCUUGCAGUCUCUUCUCUCUAGGAAUGGUGAAGUUGGAAAAAGGCUCCUUUAACCCACCCUGGGAUGAACCACCUGCCAGAAGACAUGGAGAAUGUUCUUACCGGGAGCCAGAGCUCCCAUGCUUCCGUGCGCAGCGUCCAUUCCAUCAACCCCACACAACUCAUGGCCAGGAUUGAGUCCUAUGAAGGAAGGGAAAAGAAGGGCAUAUCUGAUGUCAGGAGGACUUUCUGUUUGUUUGUCACCUUUGACCUCUUAUUUGUAACAUUACUGUGGAUAAUAGAGUUAAAUGUGAAUGGAGGCAUUGAAAACACAUUAGAGAGGGAAGUGGUGCAGUAUGACUACUACUCUUCUUAUUUUGAUAUAUUUCUUUUGGCAGUUUUUCGAUUUAAAGUGUUAAUACUUGCAUAUGCUGUGUGCAGACUGCGCCAUUGGUGGGCAGUAGCGUUGACAACAGCAGUGACCAGUGCCUUUUUAUUAGCAAAAGUGAUCCUUUCAAAGCUUUUCUCUCAAGGGGCUUUUGGCUAUGUGCUGCCCAUCAUUUCAUUCAUCCUUGCCUGGAUUGAGACAUGGUUCCUGGAUUUCAAAGUGUUACCUCAAGAAGCAGAAGAAGAAAACAGACUCCUGAUAGUUCAGGAUGCUUCAGAGAGUGCGGCACUUUUACCCGGCGGUCUUUCUGAUGGCCAGUUUUAUUCCCCUCCUGAAUCUGAAGCAGGAUCUGAAGAAGCUGAAGAAAAACAAGACAGUGAAAAGCCACUUUUAGAACUCUGAGUACUACUUUAGUUACAUGUGAAAGACUCUCACAGAAAGUCAUCUGAGGAAGAAAAGACUGGCGCUGGGGUCUCUCUGUUAAAGGUUGAGACGGUGACAUCCACCGCUGACUUAUUGAAUAAUAAAGAAUUUAUUUAUUGUAAUACCUCACAGACAUUGUACCAUAUCCAUACACAUUUACUCGCCCGCGUGUGGCCGGUAAGAUAACAUAAUGAUCUCUCCUCUAUUUGUGAGACUGAUGUGUUAAUGAAUAGGUGAAGAAAGUCUUGUGCUGUAUUCCUAAUCAAAAGACUUCUUAAUAUAUUGAAAUAACGCUUUUUUAGUAAGCGCAAUACCUUUUUAUUUCGAUUCACAGAAUGGAAUUUUUUGUUUUGUGUCUCAGAUUCAUUUUGUAUUUCUUUUUUAACACCAUACAUUUCCCUUGUGUUUUUUUAACUCAUGCACUUGUGUUCUUUGUAUAAUUUUAAAAAGUAAUAAAAUGCAACAUAUCAAAAUGUUUAGUUUUAUUUUUCAUGUUUUGCAUUAUGUAUUCGGCCUAAAGUUUUGGAAUUAUGAAAGGGGAACAGGGAAGGAUUGUGAAUACAUGUAAAAUGGCACCAGACAUUUGUAUUAUUUUUAUCAUAAAUCGUGUUUUCUCUGACAGAUUGUUCUAAAAUGUUCCAAGUACUCUUCUUUAGAACCCAAAAAUGACUGAAACCAUUGCUACCAUUAUUUUCUUCAUGUUUAGCCAAUUUGAAUUAAAAUGAACUAGAAUA